AUGCACAUCGUGAAUCAACCCGGCUUUAACCAACUAGUUAAAGAGGGCUAUGAGGCCAAAAUUUUCGUCCGUCGUGCACAUGGAACGCAAGGCAUCCAGAUUCUGAUUCAGAGUGAUCGUCAUCCAGAAUAUGUAGAGUAUCGUAUCGACAACUUCCUUAAACAUUGUCAAGAAAUGUUGAAAACAAUGACAGUAACAGAAUUCGUUCAACAUCGAGCAGCACUAUACGUGCGUAAAUCAGAAAAACCUAUAAAGUUGAUAGACCGAGCUAACCUCAUUUGGUCUGAGAUCACAGCACAACAGUAUAACUUUGAAAAGCAACAGCUAGAGCUUAGCGAAUUAGAGACUGUCACGCUAUCCGACAUCAAAAACUUUUUCGAGGAGACGAUGGCCCUCAGCGCCGACAAGAAGAGACGACUUUCUGUCCACGUUGUGUCUAUGGCUGAAGGUGGAGCAGGCCAACAUACCAGUGAGGACGAUGGCGAAAUCCCACCUCCUGCCGUUGGAAAUAUGGAAAUUGUAAAUGUGGCCUGCUGGAAACGCCGAAGGGACUUCUACCCAGCAGAAAAUGGUCUAUGUGGAUUUUUAGUUAAUCAACUUAUGUGUAGGGAUCGGCUUUAG